AUGCCUCCAAAGAGGAUACGGACGACUGAGGGUUCAUGUUGGAGUUGCAAGCAGCGGCGAGUCAAGUGCGAUCUUCAGAAACCCAGCUGCAGAAAAUGCCUUGACGCUGAUGAGAAGUGCAAUUACAACAAAAUAGUGCUCAAAUGGAACACCCGCCCAACCAAAGGGGCUCCUGCUGCGAAUCAGUUAUGUCUAUAUCAUCAAUCUCUUCCAGGCUCCUUGGGCUACUCCUUAGCAACCAAUGAAAAGCGCGCCAUAGAAUACUUCCGACUUCGAGUCUGGCCACUGUUCCAUAUGUCCAGCACUCCGUGCCAGCCCCCAAUCGCACUCGCCUUAGGAGAUCGCUCUGUGCUUUUGGCGACGUGCGUCAUGGCCGAUUCUCAUCGUGUUCUGCAUGAUGGAAGACACAGCCGAGAUAUUGUUCAGAGCAAACGACUUCAUUGUCUAGCUACGUUACGGAAACAGCUAGCUGAAGUGUCCAAUGGCGAGAUGCUACUAUCCACUCUUCUCGUGGCGGUCCUGCUCUUAUAUUUCUCAGAUGGUUAUGUGGAAUGUAGCCAAGAGUCCGCAUCAACCUCAAGUCAUCAUGCAGGAGUCAGAGCAAUCAUCGACUCUCUGGGUGGACUUCCCUCCAUCAUGUGUGGGACUGAUACAUCUGUCAAGAUGUUGCUCUCGGAGUUCGCAACCACCGAUGUAACCAAUGCUUUGCUUCAGGGAAGAGUCCCUUGCUUUUCGUCUGAUGUCUGGGAUAUGAUGGAUCCCGAGGCUGUAUGGUGGGACAAACCGUCGUUUGGAAUGGAAUCAUUUGCCACUAUUUUCAAGAAGAUGGCCGACCUUGCUAGGUACCGAGAUCUCGUACAAAAGGAUCCUGGUGAGUUCACGAUGGAGAAAGUACAAGCAUUUGAAAAUGUAUUUCGUCCAGGAUAUGCUACGAUGGAAUCAACCACGCUUGCGGAGGUGGACAUAAAAAAAGAUCCUCAGUUGCUGGAUGAAGAUAUUGUCCCAUGUCGUGCACUCUGUCGGGCAUUUCAGCACAGUGCAAAUCUCUAUCUCUACCGGGCGAUUUGCGCCUUACCCCCUCAACAUCCUCUUGUCCAACAACAUGCGCAAGCUUGCCUGGACUGCAUCACGGGUAUGCCGGCGGAUAGCAAGGCCUUGAACUGCGCUCUCUAUCCGAUCUUCACCGCAGCUGCUCAUACAUUUUCUGCAGCCAACCAGAAAACGGUGAUACAAAAACUGGAGACAGUCUAUGAAAAUAUCAAGUUCGACUCCGUCAACGCUAUCAAGCUAGCACUUAAAGACCUCUGGGGAUCAGAGCGGCAGCUUGGCUCAUGGGAUGAUAUGUUUUCGGGCCUCCAACAGCAAACGUUGGUCUUGUGA